AUGGACCCAGUAUGCACAGUGACCGCUGUAUUCCUUUCCUUUUGUUUUAGAGAAUUCGCCUUCCCCACGUACGACAUUAUCUACGAUAUCAAACGAAAGAUUUCGCCCGAUUUCGACUUGUACUGUCAGUAUGGUGAUAAGGCGGAGUACCACUUGGAGCUAUCGAAUCGAAUACGAUUAUUGCAACGCGAACAGGAACGUUUGGAGUACGAGAAAGCCACGAUCAAGUCGCCAGAAGCUCGUUUUGGUGGAACUAUAUGA